AAUGCGGCGUUUAUUUAGAGAUUUACAACGAAAGAAUAAAGUGCGAAAUGUUCUCUGUGUAUAUUGUUAUUUUAAUUUGUUGCAUUUGUAACUAUUCUUCUGGUAAAAGCGCUACAACCAACCAUCCAAAUGAGGUGCUUCAUAGUAGAAAUCGGAAUAUAAUGCAACAAUUGGAAGGUGAUUUGAUUCGAGGAAUAGGCGAUCGUUCAUUCUCAGAUGAUCCAAAUUUGAAUGUGUACUUCACGCGACUCAAGAAUAAGGCUUUGAAAGAGGCGUCAAAUGACAGAGAAAACGUCAAACCCGCCAUCGAUAACUUACAUUCGACGUUAAUGAAAAAGUUUGCGCAGUUUAAUCACUCUUUAGAAUGGUAUAGUACCCAGAUGGAAAGCUCCUUAAAGGAAUUUGAGCCUUUGCCGUUAAGCGAACGAAAAAUAUUGGCAUUACAUCAACUUUGGAAAAACAAUACAAUUUCAAUGUUCUCCUCCAGAUCAGCUAAUGAUAAGCUUAAGCAAGCGUUUCAACGAAAAUUGGAAAGUUCCAUUGAUGACCGUUUCGUUGUGUUCCAACGAGAAAAUAAACGAAAGCGCGAUGAAUUCAACGAUAACUCCCAUGUGCAAAUUUCAACUCUUCUUUCGGAUUUGAUGGCAUUAGAAAUGGAAUACUCAAAUUUAAAUUUGAAUAAUAUAGAAUUGAUCGCCACAUUUGGAAAAAUAAAAAACGAUACUUUAGAAAAGAUUUAUAUCCGCUUAAUGGAUGAUGAUGAAUUUGUGAGUCAUGAAAAUAUUAAAAAAUUCUUUCAAAAGUUUGAAAAAGUCGCGGGGGAUUUCCUAACAAAGUUAUUAAGAUUGUUAGAACUGUGUUACGAUGUUAUUCAAAAAUACGAUGAAGUGGAUUUACAGAGAUCGUUCGAUCCAUGCCUCGAAAAUAUGCACACAUCGCUGUACCAGAAAUACCACCAUUUUAUGGAAAACACUCUGGAAACGUUUUUGAAUCAAACAAACAUAGAGUUGGCCGACGGAAUUAAAGAAUCAUUCAAAAAACAGAUAAAAAAGAUUAUUGACAAUAAAUAUCAGAAUUCGAAGCAACAAAUUGUCAUUCCUUACCUAGAGAAAUGUGCUCUCUUCAAAGAUCCAGCCAAUUUGAAGCACAAGGCGCCAAUCGACCAAAUAAAACGGAACUUUGAGAUAAAAAUGCUAGAAAAAAUUCAACCCCAAGCUGAUUUAAGCUACACCAAUUUGAGUCCGGAAUUUGAAACUUAUAAAAUUGAAUCAUUAACUGAGUUUAAAUCAAUAGAAUUCGGAAAUGAAAACAUCUCCCAGAGCCUCCUGACCUACCUCACCAACUACUUCAAUUUUAUGCAAACAACAAUCAUCCAGGCAUCGGAUUCAUUUGAAUCAAGUUUGGAGAAUUACCGAAAUUUAAUGGAUGCAUCCAUUGACGAGGUCCGAAUUCAUUUAACGGACAAUGAUUUCGAGAACCAAAGGGAUCAAGCAAAAAAAUUUGCAAUCAUAUAUCUAAAGAAAAUUCAUUUAAGAGCGAGAAAUCCAUCAAUUAAACAGUUCAUCAGUAGUAUUGAAGUCGACUCAGUGAUGUUCAAUCGAUUUACUGAAGUUUUGAUUGAAGAAUUGGAUCGUUGUCACUCUAUAUUGGAUCAAAUGUUGACAAAUUAUGAAAAGUGUCUUGAGGAUAGACCAAAUUCCACGGUGAAUUUUAUAAAUGAAACAUUCGAUGCAUUUUCAUAUUAUUAUUUAAACUUUCCCUACCUGCAAACACAUCAAGAAAUAAUAGACGAAUCAGCAAAACAGGCCGAUUGGAAGAAGAAGUGCAAGGAAGCCAAUGAUCAAUUGCUUACAUUCAAGGUGAAAGGUUCAAAUGUUUCAAAAUUGAUAAACAUUACGGUUAAUCUCUUCAAAAAACUCGUAUCAAAAACUAAAAAGUACCAUCUUCAAACUAAUAUGCAGCUGAAUUGGUUUCGAGCAAAUAUUGAGUGUCUCAACCAUAAUAUGCGCUUAGCCAGCUUUUCAUCUCGAGAAGAAGUCGAUCAAGUUGAGAAACAAAUCCGAGAUGCAGGCUUUGGUGGUGAUGGUGGAACCUUUUGGACGGCUGGUACUAAAUUGGGCAACGACAACAAAUUCUAUUGGAUGGGCCAUGAUAAAGAAUUCGCAUUCACAAAUUGGGGUGAUAAAGAACCGAACGAUUUUAAUGGGAAAGAAAGUUGCGUCGAAAUGGUUGAAUACCACAAUUUAAAAUGGAACGAUUGGAUAUGUGACUGGGAAAGAUAUUUCAUAUGUGAAGAGUCAUAGACAUAGAGAAAUUUAGACAAAGAAAAUAAAUAAUUGAAUAGAUUUUUUAAGCGAUCAGCGGCAAUGGCAUAUCAUACUCAGAGAAAUUGAACAGUGUAAACACAAAUGUUUGUUGUGUAUUUCGCCCAUUUACACAGACGUUUCACACACAGUGUGAAACGUCGAAUUACCCACACUACAACAAAAAUGCUGUGAAUUCGACAUUUUACACUGUGAGUGUAUAACGUCAGUGCAAAUCGUCAUUUUACACUUUGAUUUUGCAAGUUCAGUGUAAAAUGAUUUUUCGUAAAAAAAACUAUUUUUUUCAAAUGA